AUGAAGACCCUGGCGGCCAUUUUCCUUACAGCCGGUGUGGCAUCGGCGGUCAACCUGGCCUCUCCGAUUAUUCAGAAUGGCGCCAUCGAUCCGAAUUUGCUGGCGAACAGCUCACUGGCGCUGAACGGCACCGAUGUUUUCAACAGCAGCUUCGACCCGGCGUCUUUGAACCUGGGCAGCCUGAACUUGGGCGGCCUGAAUCUCGGCAGCAUCAACCUAGGUGAUCCUCUGUCCUUGGGUCAGGGUAUCCUGGGCCUUAUGAACAGCUUUUGCCUCGGCAGUGUUGUUGAUAUCAACUCUCUCCUGGGGCUGGGUGUCAGCAACGAGUUGAACCUGUUCCUCCAGCUGGCCCAACUCGCUCAGCUCGAGGCCCUUGGUUUCCUCAAUGUUGGUGGCAUUCAGCAGCUGAUUCAGUCCAACCUUCUCUUCGGUGGUGGCUUCAACAAUUUCAACCUCGGAAGCAACUUCAAUCUGGGCUUUUUCAAGCGUGCAGUCGAGGAGGAGACCAAGAACCUGAAGCGCACCAGACUUCGACGCAACAUCGCGAAGAGACAGUGCGGCGAUGGCCAAUCUGUUCAGGCCGUUCAGGUGUCUCCUGCAGCUCCUCCAGCGGAGGCAGCUCCAGCUGAGGAGCAGGCGGCAGCACCCGCUGAUGAAGCAGCCGAGGCAGCACCAGCCGAGGAUGCUAACGCCGGCAAUGAGGCGUCAGCAGACGAGGAGAACCUGUCAGACUUCACCCGCUAA